GUCCAUCCCAGCUCGGGGCGGUCCGUAUCCCCGGUCCAUCCCAGCUCGGGGCGGUCCGUAUCCCCGGUCCAUCGUCCCGCCCAUCCUCGCGGUCUCGGGGCGGCACAAGAUGGCUCCUAAAGGGAAAGGCGCUGGCAAGGCGGGCAAGGGCGGCGGCGGCGGCGCCGAGGGCGGAGCCGCGGGGACCAAGGGCGGCGGCAGUGCAGUGAAGGUCCGACACAUCCUGUGUGAGAAGCACAGCAAAGCCAUGGAGGCCCUGGAGAAGCUGAAGUCUGGGCUGCGCUUCAGCGAAGUGGCCUCACAGUACAGCGAGGACAAGGCCAGGCACGGGGGGGACUUGGGCUGGAUGACCAGAGGCUCCAUGGUGGGACCUUUCCAGGAAGCAGCAUUCGCCUUGCCCGUGAGCAGCAUUGACAAGCCGGUGUACACAGACCCUCCUGUCAAAACAAAGUUCGGGUACCACAUUAUCAUGGUGGAAGGCAGAAAAUAAAACAUGAAUGACCGA